AUGCUCCUUAAUUCGCAGUUCAAUGUUGAUACUUCAAUUAACGAUGAGCAACCUCCUCCAAAAAUUCAAAGAGUUGAAUUUGAUGAUACUAUUCUUGUACGGGAGCCGGGUUUACGAUUUCCGAUAUGGGAACAUCCCGUUAAUCAACAUGAUGAGAUUAGACGAGCUUAUAUCAAAGCAGGGCCAUAUCAACCUAAUUAUCCGGAGUUUCCACGGUCCAAGUUUGGAAUUCAAUAUCGUCGAUUUCAAUCCUCUUGGUUUAGCAAAUUUCCUUGGUUAGAGUAUUCCCCUCAAAAAGAUGCAGCAUUAUGUUUUCCAUGUUUCAUUUUUGAAAAGAAGAUAGCAAACCGUUGUACAUUAACUGGUGAGGGGUUUAUAAAUUGGAAGGUGGUUUUCGAUGCCUUUUCGAUGCAUGUAGGAGGUCUCAAUUCACCACAUUCCAAUGCUGUGAAUUAUUGUGAUGAUUUAAUGAAUGUUGAUCGACAUAUUGACAAAGUAAUGAAUGCACAAUCAUCAGAAGACAUUCAGAAAAAUAGGUUGCGGCUUAUGGCAACGAUUGAGAGUAUUCGAUGGCUUACUUUGCAAGGAUGUGCUCUUAGAGGUCAUGAUGAAUCUAUUGAUUCAAAAAACCAUGGUAAUUUCAUUGAAUUGAUUAAGUUUGAGAGAAAAUUGGAUGGUAAUAUUGCCGAUGUUGUCUUAGAAAAAGCUCCAAAAAAUGCAAAGUAUACCUCGCCAUUGAUUCAAAAGGAGAUUUUGCAUAUUUUCGGUAACAAAGUGAGAAACAAGAUUCGCGAGGAAGUUGGGGAUGCCAAAUUUUGUAUUUUGGUAGAUGAAGCAAAGAAUGCAUCCAAUAGAGAGCAAAUGGUAAUUAUUUUGAGAUAUGUUGAUGUCCAAGGGUUUUUACGGGUGCGCUUUUUUCAUAUUGUGCAUAUUAAGGACACCACUGCAUUAACUCUGAAGAAAGAGAUAUCCGAUGUCCUCACUCGUUAUAAUUUGGACAUUCACAAUAUGCGAGGUCAAGGAUAUGAUGGUGCUAGCAAUAUGCGUGGUGCAUGGAAUGGAUUACAAGCCUUAUUUCUUAACGAUUGCCCGUAUGCUUAUUAUAUACAUUGUUUUGUCCACCGACUACAACUAGCAUUAGUUGCAGCUGCUGAAACUGAGAGCUCUAUCUGGUUGUUCUUUUCAAAGUUGACUUCUGUUGUCACUCUUGUUGAUGCUUCUCCAAAACGACAUACCGAGUUACAAUCCGCCCAAGCCAUUGAAAUUGAACAUAUGUUAGAUACCGGUGAACAUGAGACGGGUAGAGGGGCUAAUCAGAUUGGUACUUUGCAUCGACCUGGAACAACUCGUUGGAGCUCUAAUUUUGAUUCUAUUUGCAGCUUGGUUGACAUGUUUACUGCAACUAUUAAAGUUCUUGAAAUAAUGUUUGAGAAGGGAUCCUCUAACUCUAUACGUAGGGAAGCUAAAGGUGUUUUGCUUGCGAUGAAGUCAUUUGAGUUCAUAUUUAUUUUGCAUUUGAUGCAUAGAAUUAUAGGAAUCACUAAUUUGCUUUGUCGAGCCUUGCAACACAAAUCUCUUGACAUCAUAAAUGCCAUGGACUUGGUUUCUACUACAAAAGCACUCCUUCACACCUUGAGAGAAGAGGGUUUUGACCCUCUUAUGAUGCAUGUGAAAUCAGUUUGCACACAGUACGACUUUGAUAUGCCCGACAUGAGUGCUCGUUACAAAAUAGCUCCGGGUCAUACUUGUCAGCACAAGGAUGUCCUCAGAGUUUAG